UCCUUUGUCUUGGAGGUCAUCAUUUUAUUUCUGUCUUCAUGUUGCAGGUUAUGGGGUGAUCAUGGACAAGAGGCUUUAGAAUCUGCUCAUGUUUGUGUGAUAACUGCAACAGCCACCGGAACAGAAGUCCUCAAAAACCUAGUUCUACCAGGUAUUGGAUCAUUUACAAUUGUAGAUGGGAAUCAAGUCACUGGGGAAGAUGUUGGAAACAGCUUCUUCCUUCAAAGAAGCAAUAUUGGUCAAAAUCGAGCACAGUGCACCACAGAACUGCUACAAGAAUUGAAUAAUGAUGUCUUUGGAAAUUUUGUGGAAGAGAAUCCAGAUAAACUUCUAGACAAUGAUCCUUCUUUUUUCUGUCGGUUUAAUGUAGUGAUUGCAACUCAACUCCCAGAAAGUACGCUGCUCAGGCUAGCUGAUGUCCUCUGGAAUUACAACAUCCCUCUAUUAAUUUGUAGGACUUAUGGAUUAAUAGGAUAUAUGAGAAUUGUUAUUAAAGAACAUCCAGUUGUAGAAUCUCACCCAGAUAAUGCAUUGGAUGAUUUGAGACUGGAUAGUCCAUUUCCAGAGCUGAGAGAACACGUUCAAUCUUACGAUUUAGAGAAUAUGGAGAAAAAGGAACACAGCCACAUUCCAUGGAUUGUGAUUGUAUCCCAGUAUCUAGAAAAAUGGUGUAAUGAGAACAAUGGUCAGAUACCUAAGAACUACAAAGAAAAGGAGGCCUUCCGUGAGAUGAUUAGGCAAGGAAUUUUAAAGAAUGAAAAUGGAAUCCUAGAAGAUGAAGAAAACUUCGAAGAAGCUAUUAAAAAUGUAAACACAGCUGUAAUUGCUACUAAGGUACCCAAUUGUAUUGAAGAGAUUUUCAGUGAUGAUCGUUGUAUCAAUCUCUCGCAGCAGACUCCACCUUUUUGGAUACUGGCUCGAGCGGUGAAAGAAUUUGUGGGCAAAGAAGGUCAAGGAAAUUUACCUGUCAGGGGUACAAUUCCAGAUAUGAUAGCAGAUUCGAGUAAAUUUAUCAAAUUGCAAAAUAUAUACCGUGAUAAAGCCAAGAAAGAUGCCGAUGCUGUGGCUAAUUAUGCUGCAAAGCUGUUGCAGUCAGUUGGCAAGGCACCAGAAUCCAUUUCUCAAAAAGAAUUAAAAUUGCUCUGCAGUAACUCAGCAUUUCUUCGAGUAGUACGAUGUAGAUCUCUUUCUGAAGAAUACGGACUGAAUACUUCAAACAAAGAUGAGAUAACUUCCCAUAUGGAUAAUCCAGAUAGCGAAAUGGUGCUGUACCUAAUGUUACGAGCUGUGGACAGAUUCUUUAAACACAAUGGUAGAUACCCAGGAGUUUAUAACUAUCAAGUGGAGGAUGAUAUUGGAAAACUGAAAUCUUGCCUCAAUAGUUUUCUUCAGGAAUACGGACUGCCUGUAACAGUCAAGGAUGAUUAUGUCCAUGAAUUUUGUCGAUACGGAGCUGCUGAGCCACACACCAUAGCAGCAUUUCUAGGAGGAGCUGCUGCUCAGGAAGUUGUGAAAAUUGUUACCAGGCAAUUUGUAAUAUUUAAUAACACCUACAUUUACAAUGGCAUGUCGCAGACCUCAGCAACAUUCAAACUGUAAACUAACCCACUACAUUGUUGGAAUCUGUAACUGUUUUUGAUUUGCGUUCUGUUCUGUUAAAGUAUUGCUGAAAAGGAUGUAUAAUGCCAGUUCCAUUCUUUGUAUUAUUUUUGUCCUUCUAAAUUCUUUCAAAUUGUAAUAAAGAAUGUAUCUUGCAUUUUAAUAAAAGGCACUGGAACAUGCAA